AUGGCAGAAAAUACUGAAAGUUUCCUGAGCUGCCAUCUUUGUUCAGACACUUUCAGAGAUCCUGUGUCUCUGAGCUGCAACCACAGCUUCUGUUCAAACUGCCUGCAUGAAUUCUGGGAACAAACUGGAAACAAGAACUGUCCCAUCUGUAAAAGAAGAACUUCAAAGGAUUUUCCAAUAAGCUUCAAUCUGCAGGAACCAUUUGAUCAAAGUUCAAAGGAGACAAAUUUCCUACAGAUAAAUCUCACCUUAAAGGAACAGGCUGAUUCUCUUACUGCAAGACAGAAAUCUGGAUCAUUAGAGACAGAAAAAGGAGAAAAGCAGCAGUUGAUGGUCUGCAGGAAACAUCAAGAAGACCCUAAGCUGUUCUGUAAAGACGAGCAGAGAGCUGUGUGUCCUGUCUGUGAGUUUUCUCUCCACCAGAGACACAAAGUGGUUCCUAUAGAACAAGCAGUCAGUGAGCUGAAGGAGCAGCUGAAAUCUGACUUAAAGUCUCUGCAGGACAAGAGGAACAAACACGAACAAGUGGAGGAAACAUACAAUGAUGUGAUUCAACACUCCAAGAAGCAGGUGUUGUCCACAGAGAGACAGAUCAGAGCAGAGUUCAAAAAGCUCCACCAGUUCCUGAGAGAGGAAGAGGAGUCCAGACUGGCAGCUCUGAGGGAGGAAGAGGAGCAGAAGAAGAAGACUAUCAUGAGAGAGAUGAAGAGGAUUGAGGAUCAGAUCUCCUCUCUGUCAGACAGCAUCUCUGCUGUUGAAGAAGAGCUGCAGAAAGACAACAUGUCGUUCCUCAGAAGUUAUGAAGCCACUCAGAGCAGAGCCAGAGGUCAGAGGUCACUGCCAGAUCCACAGCUGGUCUCAGGAGCUCUGAUAGAUGUGGCCAAACACCUGGGCAACCUGUCCUUCAGAGUCUGGGAGAAGAUGAAGGACGAGGUCCACUUCAGUCCUGUCAUUCUGGACCCAAACACUGCAAGUGGACGACUCCAUCUGUCUGAUGAUCUGACCAGUGUGAGACGUGGAAACACAUGGCUGCAGCUUCCUGAUAAUCCAGAGAGAAACAUUAAGCACUGCAGUGUUCUUGGUUCUGAGGGCUUCAGCUCAGGGAAACACAGCUGGGAUGUGGAGGUGGGAGAUUAUCCUGGCUGGGAUGUUGGUUUGGCUAAAGAAUCUGUUGACAGGAAGGCACAGAUACGUACUUCACCAAAAUAUGGAAUCUGGUGUUUACUGCAACGUGGUGGAAAAUACACUAAUUGUGAUGGUAAAACUCUCACAGUGAAGAAAAGUCUCCAGAGAAUCAGAGUCCAGCUGGACUAUGACAUGGGGGACGUGUCCUUCUACGACUCUGAAGACAUGACUCUCAUCUGCACUCACAGAGACACUUUCACUGAGAAACUCUUCCCUUAUUUUAAUGUUGGAAGAUUUGCUGAUUCCAAAACAUCUGAUGUCAAAAUUUGUCAAACCAAAAUUUCCUUUUUGAAUUCUGAAUGUUUUUAUUUGCAGUCAGAAUAACUUUCUUAAUUAAAUCAUUAUGUAGUACGUUCAACCAAUCUAUGUGAGGAAACUAAAAUGGAGGUGCUUGGGUUAAAUCGGUGUGUGGCACCAAUGAACCCAGAGAAACAUUUGAAUUUUAGUCAAAAUGAUUCAGCCUUGCUUUAUUAAACUAAAGUGACAGAAAACCUAUUAUUUAGUCACCACUGUUACUUUAUAGCAGAAUCACUAAAGAACAUAUACCUCUUAACAUAAGGCAGAACAAAUAAAAUAUUAUUGCCACCUUUUUUCCCCAAACCAGGGUACAACAAGAAAUGUCCACUUACAGCAAUACAAAGUCCUAACCAAAUGUAACCCAAUCAGUUUGUUACUCGCGACCUCCAGGAGAGUGGGGAAAAAAACCGUUGCAGGCCUGUUAGGAAAACUAGGAGUUGAAAUCCCAGAGGAAAACAUUGAGAGCGUUGCAAUUCACUCGUCCUCUUCUCCUGACUUCCAUUGAACGCAGCAGAACAAGUGGGGUUGAAGCCGCUUGCUCACUUAGCUCAACUCAAAGAUCGUCAUGACUACUUGCGUCUGUCUUCUCUCAUCCUGUCCCUCUCGCGUCGACCAAGCGCCUCCAACUUCUCCCGUGCUUUUGUCCAGUUUUCUCUCGCUCGAGUCUCAGUGACCAAUCACAUGGCAAAGCCAAAUGCAUCUUACACUUAAUACUUCUUUCAAUUGCAAUAUUUACAUAGAAUAAUGUUCUUAGUUGAUUUACAAAUAAUACAGUUU